UGGAAAUAUAGAUAUAGAGUCACACAUUUACAGGCAAAAAUGGAGACGGAGAGGGAAAAAGGGGAAGGACCAGGAUGGCAGAGGUUGUUUUGGUAGGGUGAAAAGGAGGAUGGGUCAGUGGAUGUCAGCUGUUGCAUAUAAUGGUCAGUCCAUCCCUCCUGGACUCACUUCCUCCUUCCCUCUCUUCAUCUGUGUUGGUCUAGCUCUCAGCUCACAAACUUAAAGCCAUCAUGUCCAAGUUGACCCAGGUGGAGCAAGCAAUGGAAAUGCUCAUCGCUAUCUUUCAUAAAUACUCUGGCAAGGAGGGAGACAAACUUACUCUUUCCAAAGGAGAGCUAGCAAAGCUGCUCAGGAAAGAAAUGGGAGACAUCUUUGGCAAAACCACAGAUAAAGCGGCACUGGACAAGAUAUUUAAGGACCUAGAUGCUAAUAAGUCUGGCUCUGCAGACUUCCAAGAGUAUAUCACCCUUGUGGCCACCAUUACCAUGCAGUACAACAAAUUUUUCACAAAAGGAUGUCAGGAAAUGCUGGAUGCUGAAAAGGCUGAGAUUAAAGGGUGUGAACAGUCAGAUAAUGCAUAUAAGGGCCAGUCCUUCCCGAAUCAGAUCAUCCUUCUCCAUCUUUGUUUUCACUGGUCUAACUCCCUAUCUGAACCUAAAGUCAUCAUGUCCCAGCUGCACGCCGCAAUGCUAUCGCUCAUUGACGUAUUUAGAAAAUACGCUGGCACUGAUAAAGACGCAACAACUCUUUCCAAGGGAGAGCUAAAGGAGCUUCUCACCAAAGAGAUGGGACCCAUGUUUGGGGACUGCAAGGAUCAAGCAUCCCUAGACAAGCUGUUCAAGGGCCUAGACAGUAAUGCUGAUGGUACUGUGGACUUCGAAGAGUUCGUCACCAUGGUGACCUGCGUUACCAUUUUGUGCAACAGAAAACUUUCAGCAAAGAAGUGAUCAAUUGGGACUGACCCUUAACAGCCAAAAUGGCAUCUUACAAUGAUAAAUGCAUGAAGCAGAUAAACAUUUGAAAUAAAGUAUUUUAAUUUGUUUUAA